AUGGACAAAUCAGCUCUAAAUUUGGAGGAAGUACUGGGCCUUCGUGACGAGCAGCUACUUCAGAAGCUCUCUGUCUACGAACCUGCGAUUUUGGAUGAAGUGGCGGAUUAUCAUCUGAGUCGUGUGGGCUGCGCCACGACAGACUCUGCGGCGACGCGCCUGCUGUCAGUCGCCGUUCAAGUCGCCUUUGAAAAGGCAGUAGACGAGGCCAAGUUGAUCCUCGCCAGCUCUAGAGGAGAUCCUUUUGCACGCAGGGGCGCGCCUUGGGGGCAGCCCGGCAGCAGUGUGCAUCCUCAUUAUGACCGAGGUUCUGGGGAUGCUUCGGCGCAAGCCGCCAGCACGGGUUCUUCCUCUGGAGAUGUGAAAGAGCUGGAUAUGGACUCGCUCUGCAAGGCUCUGCAAAGGAACGGCACCAUGCCCCUGGGCCCCACGCUCGAUUUGUUGCUACAGCCUGUAGUCUCCGAAAAUGAGCCGGGUGGAGCAUGA